AUGGCAUCAAUAUCAACCGCAAUAGUCCUGAUCUUAGGAUGUUUGGCUGGCCUUGUAGCAAUAAUUCUUAGCGCAUACUCAUGGUUCCGUACCUCCAAGUACUACCUUCCGCUACCUAUUGCGCUUUCAGGAGUGACAACGUUUUUCCCAAUUGCCGCUGUCAUUCUCAUCCCGUUGGCUACCAAUCUGGCCGCUGGCACUCGCAGCCGGCGAUCAGACACUACAUCACUGGGGUCCAUUAAAGUCAGCAGAUUUACGAUCAUUCUGGAGCAGCUACUUACAAUAAUCCCAACCGCCCUGGCAGCUUUUGCUAUCUCCUACUUUGCUCCAGAAGAUAUCCUUGGAUGUCGUCUUGAAAACCAAUGGCAGUCAUUCUACUCCCAUAAAAACGCCAUUGCUAUCCGCUCCAUCCAGGAUCGUCUCCAGUGCUGUGGUUUUAGAAGUACACGCGAUCGGGGAUGGCCAUUCCCAAGCGCUUCUGAUCAGCGUGAUUGCACUAGCGCUUUUGGAUAUACGCAGAGUUGCUUUGCUGGAUGGCGGAGUGCACAAAGACAAGCCGCUACUAUGGUUUUUACGGCAGCAAUCUUGAGCCUGGUGAUGAAAGUCGGUGGUUGA